CCUCUCUCGCGCUGUCCUUCUCUGAGAAGUGAAAACAAACAUGGCGAACAGGAGACUGACGGUGUUCAUAUUCGGGGGUUUUGUGACUGCGGUAGCAGCAGCUAUAUAUCCUAUAUUUUUCCACCCACUCAUGCACAUAGACGAGUACAAGCAAAUCCAGAAAGUUAACCGAGAAGGAAUUAACCAAGCAGAUGUUCAGCCUGUAGGUGUGAAGAUCUGGUCAGAUCCAUUCAAGCCGAAAUCAUGAUGUGACUGAUGCUGAAAGCGGACAGGAGAGGAGAUUCAUGAGAUUAAAGACUUUCAGACCAAGCAAAGACUCCUCUUCUGAAUUAGAAGUGUGCGAACAAGAGGAAAAACCUUCCUUCACUUUUUAGUUUGAUUUCCCGCUGUAAUGUUUUGUGUUGGUUUGCCACUAAGCUUAAACAGAAGUGUUAGAUCAGGCUGUGCAGACUGUCACAUCUUUGAUACUUUAUCCUAUGAAUAAAGUUUUAUAAGAAAGUUGUUUCAGAUGGA